AUGUCAACGCCGACAGCAAAACGGCCACCGGCUGGGAGCCGCGACUCGCCAACUGCGUCGCCCUCCAGACAGCCGCGCGCUUCGACGCCCAGCAGCGGCGACCGAACCGGCACCGGCACGGCCACGCCAACGAGCAGUGUCGGACGCACACGCUCAGUGCGGUCCAGCACCCUCGUGUCGGCUCGGGCGGCGGCGGCCCAGCGGCGUGAGUCGCUGCUGAGCAACUCGAAAAAUGCGCCGUCGCCUGGUGCCGACACUGCAUCCAAUACAGAGGCUGAAGAGGCCGCGCGGGCGGAGACCCUGGCCCUUCUUGAUGAUCUUAAGGAGCGGCUGAGCAAGGCAGAGGGCGCGAGCGAGCAGUACCAGAGACAGAACGACGUGCUGCAGGCACGGCUAGACGAGGUGGUCAAGGAGCACUCGAAGCUGGAGGAGCGCGUGCACGAGUACGACGAGCAGGCAGAGACGCUCAAGAACGAGAAACGCGAGAUGGCACGCCAGAUCCAGCAGAUGGAGACGAUUUAUGAGGCUGAGCGCAGCGCCAUGACCCGCGAAAAGGAGGAUAUGAGCAAUCGCGAGGAAGAAAAGGAGCGCAUUAUCCAGCGCCUCAAGGACAGCUUGGCGCAGCGCAACGCCGACGACGAGGGCCGACCCUCGAGAAUAACAAGCAACAGCUCGCCCGGCGUAGACAGUGGCAGCUUCGCCCCGCCGUCGUCCCUCCACCGCAGCGACUCGCGCAACAACUCAAAGCUCCUGCUCCAGAAAGACAAGCUGAUCGAGUCAUUGCGCCUCGAACUGGCCGAGGCCCAAAUCAAACUCGUUGAAUCCGAGAACCAAGGCGGCGGCCGCCUGCAUGAGGUCGAGCGGCAGCUGAUGGAAGCCCGCAUGGCCAACGCCCGCCUCAUGGAGGACAAUGAGAGCUACCAGCUGCUUUUGCAGGAAAAGACGCUCAAGGGCGACUUUGGCAUGGCUGACUUUGGGUUCGGCGGCGGCCUUGGUCUCAUCAGCAACACAGGCGGCACGCACAGCCGGCCACGCUCCUCAAACGAGGAUGCCCUGAAUGCACUUGAAGGACGCGGGGUUGGCGGAUCCAGCUUGGCAGACGAGCUGAACGACGCGGCCGGCAGCGACAGCGAUGAGGCCGGGGCUGCAAGUGGCGCCGUGGCCAACGGCACAGACGGCGUUCCUGUCGAAGGCCAGCGCCGGUUGGAGGCCGAGCUCAAGUCGCUCCAGGACCAGAACAAGGCGUUGACGCUGUACAUUAACAAGAUCAUCGAGCGCCUGCUGGAACACCAAGACUACCAGUACAUCCUCGACAAAUCUACAGAUGGGAAGCAGCCACUGCCGCCAGCGGGCGCUACGGCCACAAGCGCAAACACGGACAAGGAGCUGCCCCCGCCGCCUCCACCAAAGCCGCAGCAAACAACACCACAGCCCAGCGCCAUCCAGUCCUUCCUCCAGCGCACCAAAUCGAUCACCUCCCGUUCAUCGGAGCCGGCAGCAGCUGCAGGUGCAGCAACCAAGCGUCCUCGCCCUGUGUCCUACAUGCCCGAGGCGGUUAUGAGCAAUCCAGACACCGCGCCCUCGAUUCCCAUCUCCCUAACCCGCACCACCAGCAUGCGACGGCCCAUACGACCCAUGAGCGAACAGUUCACCGGCGCGGGCGGCGGCGGCACCUCUGCUGCCUCUGUCGUGAACGCCAUGUACAAAGGUGGCGGUGUUGACGGUCCUCUGUCACCCGGCCUGCGUAGCUCACAAUUCUUUGGCAGCGGUACGUACGCCGUGUCCAGUGGUGGUGCCGGUUCGGGAUCCGGAAGCGGCGCUCGCUCACCUGGCGGUAACGGCGCUAGCGGAAACUUCCCCGGCAUGCGAAGUGAAACGUCCAGCGUCUCGGGCGAUUCAGCGUCUGGCGAGCGGGCCAGCGGCGGCACCGGCAGUGACACGUCGCCGCCACAGUCGUCAUCAAACAACCAGAACAGCCCGCCGCGUCCUGUCCACGAGAAAACGGCCUUUACGGGCUCCAAGCCACGACCCCUGCGACUGGUCCAGGAGAACACAGACAGCGUCACGCCGACCGCUAACAAGCGCGCAAGCUGGAUGGGCUGGUGGGGAAAGAAGGAAGACGGGUCCGCUACAGCACCCGGCAGCAACGGCACGCCGACGCUGACUGGCAUGCCCACCACGGCGGAACCGAUUCAGGAGUAG